AUGAAAAGAGAGGAGUGCAGGAAUAAGUUUAUACGUACGUUGGAGGCUCCUCUGAAAUCAGCUCGACCGCUGGGAAUCGAUGUAGAGAAAAUUAAAAGCGACGUAACACGGAGAGUAGAGGAAUCUCAAGAUUUAACAGAGAUGAAGAGAACUUUGGAGGAACGAGCAAUGCAGCUGAAAGCUGAACACGGCUCUUGCGAAGAACGCUACAGGAAACUUCUUGAACUUAUCACGAGUGGUCGAUAUGCACCGAUUGAUGCACUUCCCAGUGAUUUUGCUCUUCAACUAACUAAUAGUUAUUCAUAG